AUGACUGUGAGAGCAUUCAGGCCGGGCUCUCCUGUUCUGCAUAGAGCAAGACGAGCCCUGCUCCAAUGGAGCGAGUACAGAGGAAGUAGACUGUCGAAAGAUUGUCUUGUUCCGCGGGCGGCUGGACCCGAACACAUGUUUUGGGCGUGUUUAUUGCCCCCUCUGUCGUCUAUCAAAGCUCCUCCUGGGGCGGAAGGAACGGCUACACUAGCCGACACGGCACAGCUCGCAGCACUCGUGGCUGCUACAACAGGAGGCACGCCGCAACUCGCCAGCCCACCGAGCGCGAAAAAGGAGACGCUACGCUCUGAACGAAUGCUACGAAACAUGCUCGCCAAGGAUGGUGUCGCCAGGUCUCGCAGCCUCUCGAGAGGGAGCUCAACCGCCCACCACGUACCGUCAUCGACGCGACAGCCCGCACCACCCCUCCCCAACCAGCAACCCCAAGUAUACUCUCCGACUCCAGUUCCGAGUAAUACUCUGCCCAGGAGUCCGAGUGGCAGCGGGAACAGCAAUGCGUCGAGGUGA